CGACUGUCAUUGGCUGGAAGUCACAAGCGGCUCGGCGAUUCGCGAUCCAAUUCGCUAGACUCCACGAAACAUCUUGAAGAAAUGCGUACUUCGUGGUGAAUCCUGCUAAAAUAACUAGAUUAUGUGCGUGCGCGGCAAACUUUGAAAAUUCGCGUACAGUUUGAAAAUAGGAUCUUAGAUUUUGUCGCUUAUUUAUUAUAUUUGCCGAUAUAUUCAUUGAUAUUCAUACCGAAAUAGCAAGCAUUAAUUUAUUCCGUUAAAUCAAUUAAAAUCAAUUUAUCCAAUUUUGCUGGAAGGAAUUUAAUCUUUUGCUUGAUAAUUAUGGCUAAAGCGACAACGUGCAAAGAAGCUAUUCAAAGAUGGGAGGAAAAAACAGGAUUAAUCGCGAGCGAACAAAAAGAAAUAAUUUUAUCCUUCCAGUGGCCUCCAAUCGAGAGAAUGGAUAAUAAUUUAGCGAUAUUAACCAGCGUCGAGUUUGUUGUCCUUUAAUGAAUUAAGAAUAACACGAAAACAUUAAUAUUAAUAUUAAACGUUUGCAGAAAGUUAUCUUUGUCAACAAAUAUGAUUGAAAAGAUCAGUGGCAUUAGUUCGUUGAAAUUUUUGAAGAUUUUAUCACUGAGUAGAAACAACAUUAAAACGUUCUCAGGAUUAGAGGCACUUGGAGACCAUUUAGAGGAAUUAUGGAUUUCUUAUAAUUUGAUUGAAAAGAUCAAAGGCGUCAAUGCUCUCAAAGUGCUCAAGGUUUUAUACAUGAGCAAUAAUCUGGUGAAAGAUUGGGCGGAAUUUAAUCGUUUACAAGAAAUACCCAAUCUCCAAGAUUUGUUAUUCAUUAAUAAUCCUAUAUGCGAGAACAUGGACGCGGAAUCGUGGCGUGCCCAAGUUACAAAACGAUUGCCUACCUUAAAAAAGAUCGAUGCGAUGCCAAUAGUGUAUGCCACUACUUUCUUGAUGUUAUCUUUUAUAGUCACAUGAUGCAACUUUUAAACAUAUUAUAAAG